AUGUCUGCACCCUUGACGCCGCGCGUGUCGCGCAAGUCUAAGCUGCUCCACCUCAGCUACGAUCUCCCGCACCGCGUCAAUGUCGCCGGCAUAUACCCCAAACAAGCCCCCAAUGGCUCAACCGUCAUCGUUUACGGACAUUCCAACGGCCUGCGCAUAGUAUGGAGGGGUGGUCGCCCGCUCAAGACCCGCGCUGCCGUCAACGACGACGAGCCCAAGGUCAACGGCACCUCUAAGGAUGUUGUUAUGGUCGAUCUCACCGACGACGACGACGACGAAACACCGCAAGCACCUUCUCAGCCCGCCGCCCAGGAUGCAGAAUUCGAGCCAGAUGAGGAUGAGCAGGAUGAAGCAGAGCCUUAUCCGCGAGUUGUGCAGCAUCUCGACCUCCCGCUGGGCACCGAGGUUCUCUAUUUAUCGUUCCCUCACAUUCCUUCCGUGUCGCCUUACCGGCCCGCCGACUCGAUACCACCCAUAUUCAACCAGAAAAUAGUAUUCUCUGUGGCCUGCGCCGACUCUAGCGUGCGCGUUAUCACCCUGCCGCUUCUUCCUCCGUCCGAGGCUCGGAAAGCUGCCGACCCCAGCAAGCACAAAGCACCCUACGGCGAACAGAUCUUGCGUAUCGAGGGCCAGCAUGGCCAUCAGGUCAUACCGAAUGCUGUCUCCAUGACAUGGAGCUCUCGCGACCCGGAAGGCAUCUUUGAUGAUGUUGAUAUGGACGUUGAGGAAUCGGACGAGGAGGACGGCCCACGCCGGCGGAGACGUAUUGGAUCGGCGGAAGAUGAAGUACGAGAGUGGGAUCUCUUUGUGGCCUCACAUUCCAACGAGCUCUCUGGAUUACUGCACAUUUUCUGCAUCCCGCUGAUCUCUAAUGGAGACCUUCAGUCAUUGUCCACCGACCCCAUCUUCCCCUACAGGACGCAGUACCUUUCUUCCCCCGCCUCUCAUAUCGCUUUCAGUUCGGCACAAUACCCUAGUCAACGGCAUCUACAGGUUCUUGCUGUGGACACAAAAGGUUCUGUGAGGAUUUACGAUCCACUCGCGCCAAUCCGGAUGCGCCCGCGGUCAUCACGCUCUGUCAACACUGAUGAGUCCAGAUUAGGUGCAUGGGUUGCCGCCUUUUCGACAGGCUUUGAAAUGCCCAAGCAAUCCAAAACCGGACCACCUGGUCUCGCACAUCGCAGGCGCAUCCUCGACGCCAAAUGGACAUCCGAUGGAAAGAGCAUCCUGGCUCUCCUUUCCGACGGUGAAUGGGGUGUCUGGGACGUCGACGGCUCCGGUCCUGGUGCUUCUCGCACCAAAACCGUUUCUACUUUCGCGAUUCGUGGCUUCAUCAGCGGCACCACCCAAGCCACGACCUCAACCGUUGCUCCCACCAAAACCUCCGGCAGCUUCAAAUCCCUGGCCCUUGCACCCAUGACACCUAAUACGCGUCGCGCCAAGGAAGAGAACCUGUUCCAUGGCCCAGCAACGGCCCCCACAAAUAACGAUACGCCUCGCGGUGGCAUCUCUGUUUCCACCUCAGUGAACAACUCCACUGGGGCAGUGGAGGAUUCUGUAGUCCUCUGGUACGGCGACGAGGCCUUCCGCAUUCCACAUCUUCAGCAGUUCUGGGCGCGUUCCGGUAGCAGCACGCUGUACGGGCCCGGUCUCACGAAAGUCGAUGGAUUGAACUUGCAGGGCGAGAUGAUUGGCGGAAUUGAGCAAUUUGCACGCAAAGCCACCGAGGCACGCAUGGGAAUACCACGCGACCUUCUCAUCAGGAGCGAGAGUCGACUGAUUGUUCUGGCGCACAGCAGUCCCUCGAAACCAGCAAGCGGUGGUAGCAGCCUGUUCGCUAAAGAGUUGGAAGAACGCCAGCAGGAGGACAAGAUCGACCGCGAUCUGCUGAAGAGAGGCGAGCUGGACCUGGGCGGCAUGGACCGCCUACUAGAGGGAAUGACUGGCGGUGCCGGCGAAGGGCCCGUCAGGAGAGUUGGAUUCACGGGCUUGGCCUCGUCGAGGUAG